UUUUCCCGGUUUUAGUGAGACCCGUUCUCUGUUUACCAUGUGCAAAGUUUUUGGUUUGUCAAUUUGUGAUAGGGUGACGGUUUAUUUGAGAACAGAUGCGUGCCAACUGGAAACACAUUGAAAAUAACGAGUCAUUUCUUCUUCUAUUUUUAUUCUUUCAAUAACGGAUAUUAAAGAAUGCACCUUCUACUUCCUAAAUUGAUUGUGAGGUCUCGUUCAAAGGGAGGCCCACUUCUUCGAUCCUUCCAUGCUGUAUCAUCCAAUAUUGUGUAUCCUGAGAAACUCCAUCAUAAUGACCACAGAAGAAAUGUUCCUAACUUCCCUUGCUAUAAGCCAAACUACUCUCGACCGAUAUCUUCACAAUCUAUUAGACAGUCAAUUUCAAAUAUUGUAACAGGAUAUUUUGGACCAGAUACUUUAUUUGUGAACUCUUCAAUGAAGUUUUUAACAUUCUGCCAUGACUAUACAGGUUUGCCGUGGUGGGCUACUAUAUGUCUGGUCACGGUUGGUCUGAAGACCCUUUUAGUGUUUCCUCUUGCAGUUCAUGGGAGAAAGGUUAAUGCUAAACUUGUUUUAAUGAAUGAAGAAAUGAUGAAGGUACUGCCCCAGUUAGAGAAGGAGGUGCACAUCAUUGCCAGGAGUCGAGGAUGGACUCCACAAGAUGCCAAAAAUUUAUUUUAUGCUAAUAAAAAGAAGAUUUUUAAAGAGUAUUACAUAAAAGAAAAUUGUCAUCCCAUGAAAGGCUUCGUAUCACUUUUAACACAGCUACCUCUUUGGUUGUCUGUCUCCUUUGCCUUAAGACAUUUAUCAGGCUCAUUUUACUGGGGCAAUAAAUUAGAAUCAUCCCAGUAUAUAGCUGUAGAAAUGAGGAGUGAAGGAGCUCUGUGGUUCAGUAAUCUCUUUAUGCCAGACCAGUUCUACAUUUUACCCAUAAUUCUUCUGUCAACAAAUCUGUUGAUUGGUGCAAUUAAUCUUUAUGAAUUAAGCACAAUGAAGAAAGGAAAUACGAUUUCUAAAGCACUAACAGGAAUGAUGAUGUUUUAUUCCGUUGUUAUAUUCUCAAUCAGCACACUCAUGCCUUCAUGCAUUACAUUUUAUUGGUCAACAUCAGCUGUUUGCAGUCUUGUACAACUGUUGUUACUGAGCAAUCUAAAAGUACAGAGUGUCCUGGGAAUUCCGGAUGUGAGACAUCUGAUGAAGAAGAGAACCCAAAAAACCAGCAACAUUCUGGACGGACAGACAAAAGUGGGUGGUGCUUCUCCACACACCGGAGGAAGGGACGAGAAACCACCCCAAUUUUCUGGCCAGGGUGCUUCGGCACUUUCAGCUUCUAGAUGGGUUCCUCCCAGCACACUCAGAAGAGAUGCUCCUAACCACGAUGAACGCACUGAUUUUACCUUUCGACGAGUCAGGGGAAUACUUAACAAACUUACGCCGGAAAAAUUUGACAAACUAAGUUUAGAACUUCUCAAUGUAGGAAUUGAGUCCCAAGUUAUCCUGAGAGGAAUUAUUUUGUUGAUAUUUGAAAAAGCCCUUGAUGAGCCGAAGUAUAGUUCUAUGUACGCACAGUUAUGCCAUCAACUAUGUGAAGACGCACCAAACUUUGAACCAACCUCAUCAAACAUCACAACCUUUAGACGACUUCUUUUAAACAAGUGCCAGGAUGAAUUCGAAAACAGAUCCAAGGCCACUGAAGUUUAUGAUCGCCGAGACAGCCCCCUUACACCAGAUGAAGCAGAACAAUAUCAUAUUGCCAAGCGUAAAAUGCUUGGUAACAUCAAAUUUAUUGGAGAACUUGGAAAAUUGGAAAUGCUUCAUGAAGGCAUUCUACAUAAAUGCAUUAAACAGCUUUUGGAGAAGAAAAAGAACAUCCACAUUGGAGAUAUGGCUGAAGACCUUGAAUGUCUCUGCUACUUAAUGCGCACAGUGGGACGACGUCUUGACACUAACAAGGCUAAGUCCUGGAUGGAUCAAUAUUUUGCACGAAUGAAGUCAUUCGCUAACAAAGAAGAACUGUCCUCCAGAAUUCGAUUCAUGCUUCAAGAUGUGGAAGAACUCAGAAAUAAAAGUUGGAAACCUCGCCAUAUUAACAGAGAUACUGGACCUAGAACAAUUACAGAAAUCAGAAAGGAAGCUGGUGAUGUUAGACACUCCAGACAUGAGGAUGGUGAAUAUUACCCAAUGCCACAACAGAAUCGGAUGUAUGGAGGUAGGCAGAUGAAUGGGAAUAUGCAGGGAUGGAUGUCUGGACAACAAGGAAACAUGGGAGAUUUAUUUGGAAUGUCAGGUCCAGGCAUGAUGAUGGGUUCAAUAGGGACAGGGCCAGGUGUGAUUAAUGACAUGCCUGGUUACAUGGGGGGUAAACAGAGAAUGAUGCAGCAACAGGGGCAGGGCUUCAAUAAAUUCAGCAAUCAGCGUCAGGAUGCAGGAAUGCAGAGGAGACAGAAUGGAGGAAGUCCCACCCUGGGACGACACUCCCCUCAAAAUCAGCAGCAAUUUCAGCCUCCUAGCAAUAAUGCACCUAGGGAUCUGCCACCAAGAUUUGUCAAACUGGCACAACAGCAACAAUCACAAAGUGCUCCUCCAGGGGCAAUGAAUGGAACAGCUGUUGUCAUAGUACCUCCUAAUGAAGAAAUCAGUCUGAGACCAGCUAAGAAUUUUAAUGUAUUCAAACCAAAUUCACCUAGUAACUUGCCAAGGUCAACACAUUCCACAGUGGCUCCUGCUGGUUCAAUGAGAAUGACUGCGGCCCCAGAUCCACCAAAACCUUUACUCAACAAACAGCCUCAGAUAACCAUUAAACAGGUGGAAAGUAAGGAGAAACCGAAGUCAAACAAGAGAUUUACACCCAGCAAGGAUGAAGCGCAUAAAAUUGUGGAAAAUUUACUGACGGACUACUUGACUAGCAAUGAAACCAAUGAGGCCCUAACAGCUUUCAAAGAGAUGUAUGCUCCGAAAAAGUACAUACCAGAGCUGUUGACAAAGAUGAUGAAGAUUACAGUAGGAAAGUCUGAUGAUGACAGAGAGAAGAUGAUGAUGUUGAUCUCAGCAAUGAAAGCGGACAGUCUCAUCACAUCAGAUCAGUUUAUGGAGGCUCUUCAGACAGUGUUUGAACAUAUGGGGGAGAUGGAGACGGAGUUCCCUUUGAUUCGGUCCUAUGUAUCUACAUUUGCAGCCAGAAGUAUCACAGGUCAAAUUGUGACUCUGAAUGAUCUGGCAGAACCGUUGGAAAAUGGAGCUCACUACCCCCUCUUUUUGAUCUCACUGCAACAGAUGCAUAAAAUCAAGAGCAAAGACUGGCUCACCAAUAUGUUCAAUGAGAGUAAACUGGAUUUAAUCAAAAUGUUGCCAGAAAUUGACCAAAAGAAAGAGCGCAUGAUGGAGAUCCUGGAGGAUAGGGGACUAAGCUUCCUGUUCCCCCUCCUAAGAGUCCAAGCAGAGCUGUGGAAAGAGAUGCAAACAGACCCGAGUGCAACAGGACUGUUUAAGUGGAUCAAGGAGCAUGUCAGCACUGACCUCCAUUACACCACUGGAUUCCUGAAUGUACUUACUACAAGUUUGAUGAAAUAUGUUACCCAAGAUUCAACAUUGGAAGAUGAUGUAGACAUCACAGUUGCCCCAGAGAAGGCAUUGGCUGACAAAGAAAAACAGAAUUUGGAGAAAAUGAAGGGAGUUUUACAGAUGUUCCUACAUGAACAUGUAGAUCUGCAGAUUGCAGCUCUAUAUGCAGCUCAAGUCUUUUGUUACACUCAUGGAUUCCCUAAAGGUAUGCUGCUACGUUUCUUCAUGAAUCUGUAUGACAUGGAGGUUGUGGAAGAAGAAUCGUUUCUGAAGUGGAAAGAGGAGGUCAAUGACCAGUAUCCCGGAAAGGGGAAGGCACUGUUUCAGGUGAACCAGUGGUUAACUUGGUUAGAGCAGGCUGAGGAGGAGAGUGAUGAAGAGGACUAGAGAGUAGAGCGAUAAAAUGCUGAGGAGAAUGCAAGGAUGAAGACUCUUUCCAUCUUGGAUGUUGUCAGCAUUUUUGUUGUUUGAAGCCUAUUUGUGCACCCAAAACUAUAAUGCUAUAACAUUUGUGCAUUGAUGUGAAAAAAGCUCAAAACAUCUUUGUUUGAUCAUUUGUAAUACUGAACUGAAAACAUUUACAUGGAGAGACCCACCAUUCAGAAGAAGAAAUUCACGAGAGUCCAACUAUAAUGGAUUCAGACCAACUGGAGACUUUUGAAUCUGAAACUUAGAAAUGUGUAUCAAAGGAAAAAAAUAUACAUAUAUUGUCAAAGGAAAAAAAUAUACAUAUAUUGAUAUGUAACAAAAAUUAUGCUUUGUUUAAAAACUGCCAUGUAUUAUUUAUUAAGCUAAAAUGAAAUUGGACUGAAUGUUUGUUGCUUGCUUUUAAAGGAGUAUUUGUAAAUUGAACAAUCGAUAAAUGUUAUUGUAUUAAUUGUUAUAACAUCAUAUUGUGUGUAUUGACAUUAAAUUUCAUAUGUACAAGGGCAAUGAAUUAGCAAUCACAGCCAUGGAGAAUGGGUUAUCAUUGAAAAGUAUACAACAUAUAUAUGUAAUGGUAAUGGGUAUGAUCUGUAAUUCUGAUAUAUAUGUUCGUUUUGAGUAAAUGUGUUAUUAAACUUGCAAACAUUCUAAUGUCCAUCUUGUUUUCGCCCCGAGUAGAUAAAAAGGUGAUUUGUUACAAAGUUCUUAUUCUGCUUAUGUCAUUCAAUAGUGGAAUUCUUCUACAUUAUAUCUAGUAGCAUGAUAAAGUAUGGUGUAUUGAAAUAUUCCUGUCUGUUAGAGUUGAAAAAUGGACAGGCCCAAGAUGGAAAAGGACAAAAACACUAUGGACAAUGUAAGAUAAAGCUGGAGAAAUGGUAGUCAAAUUGUACUACAGCAUUUAUAGAUUUAAAAUGCACCUACCAAUUAUUUGUCAUACAUGUAUUUCUGUAUUAUACUUAAUCUUAUUUAGAGCAAUGCAUGCCUUAGAUAAGUGUUUAAAUGUGAUUUAUUUAUUACGGUAUUUUAUGUUUGACCUUUAAGUAAACAUUAAGUGGAACUCUUAAAAUGAGGGUUUGAAAAUCUUGAAGUAUCAAAAAUUAAAUUUUUAUCACAUGAUUAGCAAAGAUUUGUAUUCAUUGUAUUUUUGAACUUGUACUUGAAAGUUAAAGAAAAAUUUAUACUUUAUGAAAAUAAAGCUACCAGUGUUGGCUCUGCUUAUGGAUAUUUUUUAAAUUUAUAUUUUUACAGUCCAUAUUUGUUUCUUAUAGAAUUUAAUUAUAGUAACAUGUACAUAUGUUAGAUUUUUUUUUUCUACAUGUAUAUAUUCAAUAUAACCAAUAUUCUUGAACAUUUACGGUUUAGAGGAGAAAAGGUAAAUAUACUAAACAGAUAUAAAAAGAAUACAAGGUAUUACAUAGAUAUACAAGAAGUAGAGAUGAAUAGUGUGCAUAUGGUUUAUUGUACAUAAAUGCUACAAUAUUUUGUCAUAGUCGGGUUUCAAAGCAAAAAAGAUUGUUUUCAUUCUCCUUCCUGUCAUGGUAUAAAACAGCAGAUCUUGAUAUGUAAUCUGCUCUGGAAUUGACAAAAUGAUUUUUUAAGAACUAAAGUCAAAAGCUCAGCUCAUCCUAGAUUGAUGCAUGAAAAUCAUGAACCAGUAUGAAAAGAUUACAAAAUGUUUAGGAUACAUAUUGCAUCAUGUUAGGUGGUUUGUAGUAUUUGCUUCUAGGAAAUUUAAGGCUGAAGUCAUUUUUUCAAUGUAUUAAUUAAAUGGUAAUGUGUAUUUCUCAUUUUGUCAGAAAAGUUCCGAAACCAUUUUGCUGUAUAAAUAUACAUUACAUAUUAAUCAAUCCCAACUUCUUUCCGCUUUUAAUCAGCUUUAUGAAAAUAAAAAAAUUAUGUACUGUA